GAAGCAGGGUGAGGCAAAACACACCCAGGCGCUGCUUAGCGAGGAACGAGCGCCGGAGUUGGCGGCUGUGCUAGCAUCAUGCGGUUCCUUCAUUUGAUCCGGCCGGUCAUGUGCGUCCUCCCUGAGGUCGCACAACCGGACCGCAAAAUCCCUUUCCGGGAGAAAGUGCUGUGGACCGUGAUCACGCUCUUCAUCUUCCUAGUGUGCUGCCAGAUUCCCAUCUACGGCGUUCAGUCGGCCAAGUCGUCGGACCCGUUCUACUGGAUGCGUGUCAUCCUCGCCUCCAACCGUGGCACGCUCAUGGAGCUCGGUAUUUCGCCGAUCGUGACGUCAUCACUCGUUAUGCAGCUGCUCGCCGGGUCUCGAAUCAUCGAGGUUAACCAGUCCAUCAAGGAAGAUCGGGCUCUGUUCAGCGGAGCGCAGAAGCUAUUCGGUAUCCUGAUCACGAUUGGAGAGGCCGUGGCGUACGUGGUGUCUGGCAUGUACGGCGACCUGUCUACCCUCGGUGCCGGUAACGCCAUCCUCAUCAUCUGCCAGCUCUUCUUCGCCGGGCUGAUCGUUAUCAUCCUCGACGAGCUGCUGCAGAAGGGGUACGGGCUUGGUUCGGGAAUUUCCCUCUUCAUCGCGACGAACAUCUGCGAGACGAUUAUCUGGAAGGCGUUCUCGCCGACGACAAUCAACACGGGGAGGGGGACCGAGUUCGAGGGAGCCAUCAUCGCGCUCUUCCACCUCAUGAUCACGCGGCCAGACAAGAUGCGCGCUCUGCAGGAGGCAUUCUACAGGCAAAACCUCCCUAAUAUCACCAACCUCCUGGCGACCGCGCUGGUGUUCAUCGUGGUGAUCUACUUCCAGGGCUGGAGGGUGGACCUGCCGGUGAAGUACCAAAAGUACCGGGGUCAACAGGGCACCUACCCGAUCAAGCUUUUCUACACGUCCAACAUGCCCGUCAUCCUCCAGACGGCCCUCGUGUCCAACCUCUACUUCCUCAGCCAGCUCCUGCACAACCGCUACGCGGGCAACCUGUUGGUGCGUCUUAUGGGAAGAUGGGCGGAGGUCGAGGGCAUGCCCGGGACCUCUGUGCCCGUGGGUGGGCUGGCGUACUACAUCUCGCCCCCGACCACCAUGGCGGAGAUACUCAAGGACCCCGUCCACGCGGUGAUCUACAUCACCUUCAUCCUCACGGCGUGCGCGCUGUUCUCCAAGACUUGGAUCGAGGUGUCGGGAUCUUCGGCCAAGGACGUGGCAAAGCAGCUGAGGGACCAGCAGAUGGUGAUGAAGGGGCACAGGGACGACGCCCUUGUGCACGUGCUCGAGCGUUACAUCCCUACGGCGGCGGCGUUCGGCGGCAUGUGCAUCGGGGCGCUGACCGUGGCGGCGGAUUUCUUGGGGGCGAUCGGUUCUGGCACAGGCAUCCUGCUGGCGGUGACCAUCAUCUACCAGUACUACGAGAUGUUCAGCAAGGAGCAGGGGGAGGCUAUGGGCGGGCUAGGGUUUUAACUUGAUGGAAGACUCCGAUCGAUUGGGGCAGGGGGGGGCGGGGGGGUCGAGAGGAUCAUCAUGUUGAGGGAUGUAAGGAUGGGCUGCACCCUGGUGCUGAUAAUCUCAAGGGAAUGAACUGAAGCUUGCAAGAUAGAGGAUGUUGUGUGGUUGCGGUAAGGGCGGGCUUCGUUGGAGCUCUCUGUAGCUUGCACCUGUUCGCCUGCGAUGUGUUUCGCCCCGUCGGCGUUGGAUGCACUAGCGGCGAGUCGCCGGCUGAUAGUUCAAUCUCGUCUCCCGGGGCAAGCAGUAGAUGAUAUUUGACGUGGUGACGACGAUUUGUGCGUGUGGCUCAAAUCAAGGUGCAGUUUGACACAUUUUAUGAUUUUUUUCUUGUGCCUCCCUCGUCGACUUUCCAGGAUUGUAACGGUGUUGUGACGAAUGGUUGGAAGACAUCCAUUGGCCCGCAGCUGUUGUUGAUCUCUCCUGUCUCCAUAAAGGCUUUUUUUUUUUUCUAGUGGGAUGCUUGAAGGAUCUCCUGCCUGCUCUGUGCCCAAGGACUGAAAUUCCGUUGUCGUCGCUGUAUCUCAUGGCGGUGAAUUUUCCGGCGGCGCAUUAAUAACGGGAACCUUGACGUUAGGGCAGAUAGAUCUUGGGAAACGUCCAUGCUGCACAUUCGUUGGUCCCUCCUCUUGAAACCAUUUUCGUUUG